AUGGCUAAAGAUCAAUUGAGGGUUCUUCAAGCUCUUGAUGCUGCGAAAACACAAUGGUAUCACUUUACGACGAUUGUGAUCGCCGGAAUGGGUUUCUUCACCGAUUCCUACGAUCUGUUCUGCAUUUCCAUGGUCACAAAGUUACUUGGCCGGAUAUAUUACUACAAAGAAGGCUCUCCUGAACCCGGUUCGCUUCCGUCCAAUGUCUCCGCCGCCAUAACCGGCGUCGCCUUCUGUGGAACCCUAAUCGGCCAACUCUUCUUCGGGUGGCUUGGAGACAGGCUGGGAAGAAAACGUGUCUAUGGCAUAACCUUAAUGCUCAUGGUUGUUUGUUCUAUGGGAUCUGGUCUCUCUCUAGGAUCGAACCCUAAAGCUGUUAUGGCCACUCUUUGCUUCUUCCGAUUCUGGCUCGGCUUCGGCAUCGGCGGCGACUACCCUCUCUCCGCCACCAUCAUGUCGGAGUAUUCAAAUAAGAAGACUCGCGGGGCUUUCAUCGCCGCCGUUUUCGGGAUGCAAGGGUUUGGGAUUCUUGCCGGCGGCACUGUCGCGAUCAUCGUCUCUGCAAUUUUCAAAGCUUACUUUCCAGAACCACCGUAUCAGACGAAUCCAGUUUUAUCCACAGUUCCAGAAUCCGAUUAUGUCUGGAGAUUGAUUCUCAUGUUCGGUGCUGUCCCAGCGAUUUUAACUUACUAUUGGCGUAUGAAGAUGCCUGAAACUGCUAGAUACACCGCCUUGGUCGCUAAGAACACGCAGCAAGCAGCUUCUGAUAUGUCCAAAGUUCUUCAGGUUGAGAUUGAAGAAGCAGAAAGUGAUCGGAAAGUUACUGAGAAUAAUUUGAGUGGUAAGAAUAACGGCGAUAAUCAGUUUGGGUUAUUCUCGAAGCAGUUUCUUCGUCGUCAUGGGCUUCACUUGCUUGGAACCACGACGACGUGGUUUUUUCUGGACAUUGCGUUUUACAGUCAGAAUCUGUUUCAGAAAGAUAUAUUCAGUGCGAUUGGUUGGAUUGCUGAUGCGAAGACGAUGAGCGCCAUUGAAGAGGUCUUCAGGAUCGCCAGAGCUCAGACGCUUAUAGCCAUUUGCAGCACUGUGCCGGGAUACUGGGUCACAGUGGCUCUUAUUGAUCGGAUCGGAAGGUUCUCGAUUCAGAUCAUCGGCUUCUCCUUCAUGACGGUGUUUAUGUUUGCACUGGCCAUUCCUUACCAACACUGGACCAUGCCGGGAAACCAGAUAUGGUUCGUGGUAAUUUACUCGCUGACGUUCUUCUUCUGUAACUUCGGGCCCAACUCUACGACAUUCAUCGUGCCGGCGGAGAUAUUUCCGGCGAGGCUGAGGUCUACAUGUCAUGGAAUCUCAGCAGCGGCGGGCAAAGCCGGAGCAAUAGUGGGAUCGUUUGGUUUUUUGUAUGCUUCAAACACCAUUGGAGUGAGGAAUGCUCUGAUAAUUCUGGCAGUGAUUAACUUGUUAGGGUUGAUGUUUACCUUUCUGGUGCCGGAGACCAAGGGAAAAUCACUGGAGGAGAUUUCCGGUGAAGGAGGUGAGGAAGAUGAAGAAGAGGCUGGUGAUGUUCCUAGAGACUACAGGAUUGAAAAUAUGGCUUAA